AUGACGGCUCCGAGGGCCUGGCUCCUGUGCCUGCUGCUCCUGGGCCUUGCCCUGCAGGCGGCUGCGAGUCGCGCCCACCAGCACUCCAUGGAGACCCGAGCCCCCGACAUCAACCCUGCCUGGUACAGGGGCCGCGGGAUCAGGCCAGUGGGCCGCUUUGGCCGGAGGAGGGCAGCUCUGGGGGUUGCCCCCAAGCCUGGCCAGCGACGCCGGCCACCCUGCUUCCCUCUGGAAGGUGCUGCUAAGUUCUCCCAGGAUGGGUGA